UGCCCUUGGUCCUUUUGGAAUCACCGAAAACAGAAUGCCGGUGAUGGACUACACGGUCACCUUGCUGGUAGACUACGCUACGAUUAUCGCGAGAAUAGGGGAUGUCGAAGUGGAGGUGUGGGGAUUCGUUAUGCCCUGGGGCUCGUCUGUGUGGUUGUCCAUCUUCGGCACAUUACUGGGGAUCCUUUUCGUUGUCACGGCUCUCUCUCUCGCCGUUGGAGACUUCAGAAACACCAAGUAUUUCGGGUAUCUGAGGAUAUUACUGCAGCAAGACAUGAGCAUCCCUGAUGACCGUCGAUGGGAGCGGUUCAUUAUGAUAAGCUGGAUUAUCAUCAUAUGGGUCUUAACCCAAGUCUACAGCGGGAACCUCAUGUCGCUUCUGGCGGUUCGGUAUCUACCGCAGCCUUACCAGGUCAUCGAAGACGUCCUGAGAGACCGGAAGAUUGGUAUGAUAUGGGAGAGCAACACGGCCUACAUACAGACGUACAUGAACGCGAAAACGGGCAAACUCGCUGAAGUGGGAGCAGCAGAUAGAGCUGGACGAAUCAAACAUGUCAACGCUCAGCUACUUCCAGAGAAACUUGAGACCUCUGUGUUUGAAGGCGAUUACGUAAUGGUCAUCGAGGUGCUGACUUGCACCAUUAUGUUGGCGGAGCACUUUUCUAAGACAGGUAACUGUUAUUUCUACAUCGCAAAAGAACGUCUGAUGCCGUUCAUGUUUGCCGUAGGCGUUCAGAAGAACAGUCCCCUUAGAGGCGCUCUGAAUCGAAGAAUCAGAUCAUUAGUGGAGGCCGGAAUCUACAGACAACUGAUAAAAGCAGCGAUUCCCAAUUCUACCAGAUGUAUUCACGCUCCCACCACAGUGACUGUCCGGAGCUCUUUGUCUAUGUCUAACCUCUGGGGAAUAUUCAUGAUCCUCGUCUUAGGAACAAGCACCGGGCUCGUGGCUCUGUUCGCCGAGAUUUUAGGGAAAGUGAUAAUACGCUGCGUGAACGGACGAGUGAUGACAGAUGGCAAAAACUGAUGAGAAACUGCCUACAACGCUACAAUAGUGGUUCUCAACCUUUUUUUAUUAUCUCCUUCCCUCCACGGCCGGCCCCCUUGUAUCUAUAAGUAAAAUUCCCUCCCACAUGUACAGGAAAAUGAAAAAUAGAGAAGCUUCACAAAGAUACGUAGAUCCGAACAUACUUAAGAUCUGAACGAAUCCAAUUAGAGUAAAGUAGACUAUAGGAAACUAACGUUAAAAGGCAACACUUUUACCCUUUUUUAUAUAAACUUCUGAAUAUGAGUUACUCUCUUGUUAAGAGCAUAACGAAUGUAAUUGGAGAAUAUUUAAUUUUUCCUUAGAGCUCGCGGUCCGCAGGUUGAGAACCACUGUUGACUUAACCUAAGACGUAGAGCAUUGUUAGAGGAAUUUGAAAAACUCUCUUACAUGGUACUAUCCUCAAGGAAAUGUAAUGGUAGUAGUAUGGUACUUGGACCAUGAAUUAAAAAUUAUUGAUUUGGUUCGUGAGAUUGUCCCUCUGAUAUUUUUGUAAGAGUUAUUAGUGAUGUAUAUAUCUGUGUCAGAGACUCAAACACACACAAAUAAAAGGAAAGAUGUGCCUUUACAAAGAAUACUAAGGUAGUGUGGAGAAACUUAUUUAAAAGUUAUAGAAGAUCGCCAAACGAAAUCGCGCCUUUACUCUAACUUCUAGUCUCUAAACUUCUCUGAGCACAACUGCAGCUAUGCAUGCAGCAUGCACUCGAUAUUGUGCAUUUAGUAGUUCAUAGACGAGUCUUUUUUGAGUAUGUGUGCUUAUUAAUAAGGCCAAAAGGUGAGAAUAAUAUUGUUUGCUGUAAUUAUUUUGAGCCACAUGAAUAAGAUAUAAGUGUAGUAGCCUAGGCUGCCUACCAUGCCGUUGUGUAUGUUCCAUUACGCCAAGUGAAGUGAACUACAUCUUAUUUUAUAUGUUUUUCACGGGCUAAGGUGUACCAGCAAUAUAUAACUUAUAGAUGUAAUAAAGCCCCGUAAAUGAA